AUGGCUGGAGGUGCAAUCGUUUCACCACCUACAUCCAAUCGAUCAUAUCUCAAAGGUCGUCAACUUAUAUUUCCAUUAUGUCUAGCCAUUUCAUUAUUCUUUCUUUGGGGUUUUUCAUAUGGUCUUCUUGAUGUUUUAAAUAAACAUUUUCAAAAUGUUCUCAAAAUUACAAAACUUGAAUCUACUGGAUUACAAGUUGUCUAUUUUGGUGGUGGUUACUUUUGUUUUUCACCAAUUGCUGCCGAACUACUCAAACGUAAAGGUUACAAAAUUACUAUUGUCCUGGGUUUAGGUCUUUUCGCCUUAGGUGCUAUCUUUUUUUGGCCAACAGCUCAUUUUUCUAAUCCAAAUAAUGCUAAACAAGCUUUUGGAGGUUUUAUGGCUUGUACUUUUGUUAUUGCUUGUGGUCUUGCUACAUUAGAAACUUCAGCCAAUUCAUAUGCUACAAUUAUUGGUGAUCCUAAAUCAGCUUCUAUGCGUUUACAAUUUUGUCAAUCAUGGAAUGGUGUAGCAUCAUUCAUUGGACCUCUCAUUGCUUCUAAAGUCUUCUUUUCAGACAAAAAUGCUAAUAAUCUUGAUAAUGUUAAAUAUGUCUAUAUUGCUGUUGCUUGUGCUGCAGUAUUAGUUGCUAUUGUCUUUAUUUUUUCCACAUUACCGGAAGUUAAUACAGAUGAUGAAGAUCCUUUUAGCACUACGAAUGAAGUCAAACCAUUAUGGAAGCAAUACAAUAUGAUUUUUGCAUUUGUAGCACAAUUUUGUUAUGUUGGUGCUCAGGUUACGGUUGGUUCUUUUUUUAUCAACUAUGCUACUGAAAAUGCAGAUUUGACAGAUUCACAAGGAUCAAAUCUUUUAUCAUAUGCACUUAUUACGUUCACUGUUGGUCGUUUUAUUGGUACUGCAUUGGCUCAUUUCUUUCAAGCUGACUUAAUUCUUCUCAUUUAUUCAAUAAUUAGUGUUGCUCUGUCAGCUUAUACAUCUGCCGGUCAUGGUUUUUCUGCUGUUAUUGUUCUUAUUGUAUUAUUUUUUUUUGAAUCAAUUAUGUUUCCAACUAUAUUUGUUAUGGGAACAGCUAAUCUUGGUCAUCAUACUCGUCGUGGAGCUGGUAUUCUUAUUAUGGGAUUAUCCGGUGGUGCUGUCUUUCCACCAAUUCAAGGUGCUAUAGCUGAUACAUAUUCUACUCGUAUUUCAUUUUUAGUACCAAUGGUUGGUUUUAUAGUUAUUUUAGCUUAUGCUCUCUUUCAUUGGAUCCAACAUGGCUUUAAGGUGAGACGUAUACAAUCAACUGUUGACGUUCAUGUUGUUCCUACUCCUGGACGAAGAAGACAUUCGAUCGUUAUUAGUCAAGAAAUUCUCGAUGCUAUGAUCGAAAAUCAACGUAAAUUAUCACGCGUCUCACAAACAACAUAUACACUGAAUCAUGUUUCUAAUAUAACAUCAGUUCCUCGGAGAUCUGAAACACUUACUACGGAUAAUACAAAUCAAACUAUUAGUACAACAGAAAAUCUCUAA